AAAUCAGCCACAUUUCUUCAUCCUUAUAUAUGUAUGUAUGUAUGUAUGUAUGUGUUAACAACAACAUCAAUACUACAUAAACAGGAGCAGCGAUAACAACAACAGCAGCAAACACAGCAAGAACACAAAUCGAUGCUAAAGUUUCAACUAUGAUUGCCACAACUGAGGUGGAUUCCGCAAAAUAUUCGUGGUCACGACAUUUGAAUAUGGCCACACAAACGCCACCUGCACGGCGUCAUCAGCCAUGCAUGCAAGUGGAUAGCGCUGAAGAUGGCGACGAUGAUGAUGAUGAUGAUGACGAUGACGAUGAUGAUGAAGAUGAAGCAGUUGACAGCAAUGACAAGAACAAUGAAAAUGACAAUUUGAUUGAGUCGGAUGCAGAUGGCGAAGCUGCUGCUGCUGCUGCUCAAAUUGGUGGUAAUAUUAGUGGUGCUGGGGUGACUGAUGGUGGUUGCUGUAAGCCACAUGCUUCCACUUCAGAUGCUGCUAAGGCCAAUGAUCGGCAUGCUGAUCGGGCAGCUAAAUUUUCGUCUAUUUGAAAAUUCGCCAAUACCUAUUUCAGGCUCAUGUGCACCUAACAUAUGCAUUUGUACAUUUUGGUACAUAUAAACAGAUGUAUAUACUUUCCAUUCAGUGUAUUAGGGACUUUCGGGAUCCAAGUAUUUGGCUAGCUGUCACAUGAUUUUAUAGCUCAAACAGUGUAAUAUAAGUAAAACUUCACACACACACAUCCACACUCGCCAAUAAACGCAUACACUAGGAACAGAACUCAAGAAAGUUGGAAUAGCUUAGUGCUUUUGUGCGCUGCUUUUGAUGUAACGUUCCCUUGAAACUCUAAUAAAAUUUUUGAGAGGAAGUUAUGUUGACUAGCUUUGUAAAAUUUUUAAUUUUCUUUUAUUUCACCAUAUGAGUAGCACCAUUAA